UGGGGCCUCCGGGCAAUAGGGGAUCAUGGGGCCCCUGUGUCCUUGCCCAAACUCAAAAAAGCCUAUGAAAAAGGUACCAGGGGCAUCUCAUGGGGCCCCCUACUGACCCCAGGCCCUCGGGCAGUGCCCAGGACUGACAACUCAUGGGGCCCCUGGGCAAUAGGGGAUCAUGGGGCCCCUACCAGGGGUGGACUGACAACUCAUGGGGCCCCCGGGCAAUAGGGCAUCAUGGGGCCCCUGUGUCCUUGCCCAAACUCAAAAAAGCCUAUGAAAAAGGUACCAGGGGGAUCUAAUGGGGCCCCCUACUGACCCCGGGCCCUCGGGCAGUGCCCGAGUUUCCAAAUGGUCAACCCGCCCCUGCCCUAGACCUAAAC